UAGUUUCUUGUGAAGUCCUGGCACACCCAGAUGAUUGGUGCUCAUAUUUCACACAGAACACACACAAAGUAGUCUAGAAGAGAGACAUGUCUAAGGUUUAUGGUGGUCCAGGGCAAUUAGGGUUGUUUAGGAUUAGCAUAGCAGAUGCAGAUCAACAGUAGGGACUCAGAUUGCAAAGCUGAGGUGCUUCCUGUACCCAGACAUCCCUGGGAGCAGUGGGGUGGGAAGUGCCUGUUUGACUGUGUCAAGUAGGGCACCUGGGAGGUGGGAGGGGACCUAGGAGACUUUUGGGAUGGCCCUGUGUGAGGAGGGGACUCAGGCAGGGGUCCCCAAGAGUGACCUCACUUCCUUAACAAUGACCCAACAAUGCAGAACCCUGCAACCAGGCAGCCAGCUGCUUAGAGACAGCCUAGCAGGCUCAUUUGUCCUGAUACUCUAGUCAGAGCAGGAUGUUUUCUUGUUGUCUUGGGAUUACUCGAGGCUCAGACCAUAAGAAAGAGAAAAGAGGAGGCCGUGGUGGAGGCCAUGGUGGUACCCGGAGAUCCCGGGUUCACUCCUGGCUCCAACGCCUCUGGCCAUUUGGCCGGAGAGGAACAAACUCAACCCAGGGCAGCCAGGGCCAGGAUCACACAGACCAGGUAUGCAUACUUCUACCCUGAUUGUGAAGAGGAUGAAGAAGUUAUGGGAGCCAUCUCCACCCUCCUGGACAUACGGAUUGAGAAGUUCCCUGAGGAUUUUUGCCAGGCAUCAGUCCUGUCCAUUCUGAAACAAGUGAAGAACUACUUGAUUGUCAACAUUCCCCAUUCAGAUGUUGUCAUUCGUGUCAAUGAACUCCUGACCCAGCUGCAGGCAGAAGUGGCCAGUGACUCAGAGGCCAGCACUGAGGAAGCCUCAGGUAGGUGCUUGACACCCUGUCAGGAGGAUUCAGUACCUGGAGAGCUGGGGGGAUCCUUGAGAGGCUCCUCUUUGCAGGGGUUGUUACUGGACUCUAGCCUGGGCACAUGUCGUUUUGUAGAAUACGGUCUGGGAUUCCAGGCACACAUGAUCUCCUCUGUGUUUGGAAAGGCUGAGAAGGAGGUCUCAUCCUGGGCAUGUUGUCUCCUCCUGCACUCCACUGCCUCUUCCCCUUCUAGAGAUGCCUGCAUCAGCAGCACAUCCUUAGAUCUGGGGAGCCGCAAAUGCACAGAUCUGGAGCUUGAAGUCUGUUAAUCAACAACGAAGACAGCUACACCGGAGCUGGAGACCACAACAAGCAACAGAAGUUUCUGUGACACCCGUGAGAUGUGGCAGCAGCGGUGGGUCACCACACGGGUUAGCAGCUGUGGAUACUGAGUGUCCUCAUGUCAGCAGAUAUUGCAGCUUUUGCACACCUGACUUUGCUGCAGUGGGUCUCCCUCCCCAGGGAAUGGCCCUGCCACCCAUUUCCCUUCUGCUGCACCAUCAGUAUCUGCUCUGCAGACAGCACCAGUUCUCUUGUUCCCCACAGAAUCCCUCCCGGAUUUGAACCCCCAGCAUUCUCAGCCCCACAGCCAGCCUCCCCAUCCCCUGAGUAACUGUUUUUAUUAUUCUGGUUAUUUUCGAUAUUGUGUUAGUUUAAGUAUUGGUUUUAAUAAAUUGUUCGUUUGUUUUU